CGCCCCAAGGCUCAUCCUAAUGAUCCUUGGUGCUCUCUGCGGUGGCUAUGAAGCCCUGAGCCCACUCAUUCGCAGGGAGCUCAGUUCUUCAGCCUGGCUGAAGGCAGGCUCAGGCUAGAAAGUCAGAGGGCGCCUGGGUAGAGAAUGAAUGAGGAAGUUCUCUGUGGGCCCUGAACCCAGCCGGUGGUUAAAGAGAAAUCGAAACUCAGCUGUUAAAACCGCUCUCCUUGUUCCUCAGAACCCUUUCCUCGAGCCUCCUAGAAGCCCUUACCAGCAUCCAUCCCUCAAAGGCUGCGGCCAGGACCCCACGGACUGUGGACCAUGUACCCCCGCAGUAGGGUGGUGGGCCCAGGCUUGGGCACUUCCUCCAGCUCUCGGGACCACGCUGGAGCAGGGCAGCACGGGAAGCUGGACCUGCAGCAAAACCAGAGACAGAGUUUGGAGGUGGCAGAGCCCAAGGGCCCUAAGUUGGAGAGGCAGGGGCAUGGUGACCAGAGGAGCACAGGCACAUACACCCUGAUAGCACCGAACGAGACCCGGAGGCAGAAGAUACAGAGAAUUGCUGAGCAAGAACUGGCGGACUUGGAGAGGUGGAAGCAACAGAACAGGGCAAAACCAGUCCACUUGGUUCCUCAAAGGCUGGGUGGAAGCCAGUCUGAGGCUGAAGUCAGGCAGAAACAACAGCUCCAACAGAUGCGAUCUAAAUACCAGCAAAAGCUAAAGAGAGAUGAAUCUAUUCGCAUCAGGAAGGAAGCUGAGGAAGCUGAGCUCCAAAGAAUGAAGGCAAUCCAGAGGGAGAAGAGUAAUAAACUAGAAAAGAAAAAGCAACUUCAGGAAGACAUCAGAAGAGCCACACUUCGAGAGCACCAUCAGUCCAAAACUGCUGAGCUCUUGAGCAGACUGGACACAGACCGGACAAACAGAAGUGCUUGUCACAUUGCUCCUCCAGCUGCCCAGUCCUCACGAUGGAAACUUCCAGUCCUGCUUAGAGACCCCAGCAGGGCUGGUAGCCAAGCACACAAGGAUUCUCCGCAGAAGGAAGGCAACCAAAAACUGCAAAAGACGAGGGACGGACAUCAGAAGAAUAAAUUACUGGAAACUAAAGGACAGCACCAGGAGGAAGAAAGAGCCCAAAUCCAUCAAGCUGAGCACUGGAGGGUAAAUAAUGCUUUUCUGGACCGACUCCAAGGCAAAAGUCAACCAGGUGGCAUCGAGCAGUCUGGAGGCUGUUGGAAUAUGAAUAGUACUGACGGCUGGGGGCCUUUAUACAUCUUCUCCCUUUAUAUACGUCUUUCAAGCAAAGCAUUCACUUCCAUCUGGCCUUCAUCAGCCGACCUUGAAAACCCUCUCAAGAUGCAUUUCCUUAAUGCAGUUCUGUUUGGCAUGCCUUAAUUCCUUAUUUCAACUGCCCACCCACUCAACCGAACUGUUGUGGUAAUUAGUGAUGUGUUAUUAGUGAUGUGUAGACUCUCAGAGUUUGAUUACUGACUUGUGUUUAACCUCUACUGCCAGAAAAAUGUUACCUUAUUUUUCCUAAUUUGCCCUGCCUUUUAUUAAAUGGAUAAAUAGAGCAAUGUUAAUAAAAUAGUAAAAGAGAAUCACGUGAUGUUCAGGGUAGUAAGAGCUUGGAUGCUGUAAGUUUGUGUCUCUGUAAUUGACUAAUUUUUUCUUUACUAAUUCUUACAGCUGGUUUAGGGAUACUUUGGGGUCUUUUAAAAUUCCUACUUUUUAAAAUCUAGGGUACCAAUGUGACCAAAAGAAGGUCUCUUAUACUUUUGUAGACAAAUUUAUAAAUAAAAUUCUGAACUACUA